AUGAAGUCCCAGCGCCGGCUUAUGGCCCUCCAGGCUCGAAGGAUCAAGGCCACCAAACUGGUCGCGGAGACCCAGAGGCCUUGGUGGGCGCCGCUUGCGUCAGAGGCGCCGAGAUUUUUGCGGACCAUGCCACAGGUGCCGGACAUCGACUGCCAUCAAAUGCUGGGUGCAACUCGCGGCGCAUCUCCCACAGAGCUUAAGGAUGCCUUUUUGGCAAAAGCCAGGCAGCAUGAUCCGUUGAUGGAUGUACAGCAAGACAGGACGAACUUUGUCGUGGCCAGAAUGUGCUACGAGUUUCUGGCGGCAUCUCAACGCAGUGAGGAAGGUCGACGUUCACCCCAGAUGCCUCUGGCUGAUGUGGACGAUCUGCAUGACGGCCCAUUUCAGAGGUGGAGUGGACUGCAGUCGACACGAGCAUUCUUCGGUAGCUUGAUGCCCAAGGCGCAGCCGUGA